CCCAUACCCAGGGAAAAUAACACGAAGAUGUCCCUCUACCACGACGCCUCCACAGUCCUAACAACCCCCUCCUCCACCGGCGGCUCCUUCAAAUCCCGCAUCUACAACUCCCGCGGUACGAACACAAAGGCUAAUCCCGCGCAAAUAUACGCGCUUAUUACGGAGACUGCGAAAUGGGAUAUUCUUUUGAAAGAGGUCAUUGAGAGGGCUGAAUUACUCAAGUUGGAGUCUAAGCUCACCCCCCUCCUCGCGCUAUUCCUGGUCCAUGAUCAUUUACUCUCAAAGAAAGGUAUCGCGGCGAACAGUAGCCAUCCGCUGCGAUUGGUGAUUGAGAAACACAAGACGAGAUUACGGGGGGAGUUCAUCAAAGCCCGUGUGCGAAGAGGAUGCGCAUCAGUCGAGGAAUUGAAAUCAGUCGUGCUCCGGGAGAAAAAGGCACGGCUUAGGGCUGAGAAUGGCGAUAAGGUCUCUGCUGUGUAUCCGCGGUGGGUGCGCAUUAAUACUGUUAAGACGACCCUGGAGAAACAGUUGGGGAAUACCUUCGCCGCAUACGAGAAGGUGACCUCUCUGGCAGACCUAGUCCAGGACGACGACGACACGGAUGACCAGAAACGGGUGUAUAUCGAUCCGCAUAUCCCUGAUUUACUCGCUGUGCCGCCGGGCGUCGAGUUUAUUGCAUCCGCCGCGUAUAAGAACGGCGAGAUUAUUCUGCAGGAUAAAGCGUCUUGUUUUCCUGCGUAUCUCCUAGCGGGGGACACGGAGUGGGAAGGUGAUUUGGUAGAUGGGUGUGCGGCGCCGGGGAAUAAGACCACGCAUCUUGCUGCACUGUUGUCCAAGCACGGUGUUAAGAGUUCGAGGGUUAUUUCCAUGGACGCAUCGCCGGCACGCUCGAAAACGCUACAGAAAAUGGUCGCCGCGGCUGGUGCGGCGGGAAAUAUCGUCACCGUCCUCCAGGGACAAGACUUUCUAGCCAUCGAUCCAGUGACUGAUGAGCGCUUCGCCAAUGUCACCGGUCUCCUCCUCGAUCCUAGUUGUUCGGGAAGCGGUAUCAUCGGCCGAGACGACGUGCCCCGACUCCUUCUUCCUAGUAUUCCCGAGAUUAAGAGUCGCAAGAAUCAAGGAAAGAAACGUAAGCGCGAUGAUCCUCCUGCACCAGUCGUAGCGACACCAUCAUCAACAGACGAAAACGACACCCCGACUAUACUGGAUAACGACCGCCUGACGAAACUCUCAAACAUCCAAGCGCGCAUCGUCGAACAUGCGCUUUCUUUCCCAUCUGCGAUGCGCGUGACGUAUAGUACGUGUUCCAUCCAUCUAACCGAGAACGAAUCUGUCGUGGAGCGCGUGUUGGGGUCGGACAUUGCACAGCGCCGCGGGUGGAGGGUUAUGCGGAGGGAUGAGCAGCCGGUUGGUUUGAGGGAGUGGACGUAUCGGGGGAUUAAGAGUUAUGGGGAGGGUGAGGAGAAAGAAAGUGUACAGUUGGGGAACGAAGAGUUGGAGGGGUGUUUGAGAUGUUGGCCUGGGGAUGAAGAGGGGCUUGGGGGGUUCUUUGUGGUUGGGUUUGUGAGAGAUGGUCAGGACGACGGUCAAGAGGAUGAGGAUGAUGACGAAUGGGCGGGAUUCUCGGAUUAAUUCUAUACUGUACAAUACUCUUGCACUUCAUUUAUAUCACCUCAGAAACCGCCUUGUGCGGUUCAAUUCCUUCUGCCUUGUAUAUAACUCCAACUUGACCGGGGAAAGCGACAGCUGCACUCUCGUAUCACUAGGAAUAGGCUUCCCCACACGUACCCGCCACU